UGCUCAUUCCCAAAUCUGGAAAUACUAACUGUGGACCAAACUUGUUCACUUUUUGAUACUUUAAGGAUGUAAUUGACCUUUAGGCAUACUUUAGGAUGCUUUCUGUUAAAACUCGUCGAAAGUCUUUUGAAAUUUUCAGGUGGUGUUGCUACCGGCAGUAAUUGAUGUUCAGAAACUGCAAAGAGAGUUGUUUGAAAUUUCUUCUCAUUUCUUGCUCGAUAGCCAUCUGGUUAAGGCUAUUGAUUAUUUUUGACCCAUUUUUUCUGCUCCAUUGAAACAGAGUUCAUUGUAUUUAAGAUAUCAGGUUUAAACUGUUGGAUUAGAUGUGGAGCAUCAAAGAUAAAUUAUCAACAAGGUUAAUGAAUGUUUGCGUGGCAUCUCUUUGUAAAGCCAAACAAUUGGAGAAAGCUGAAGCUGUUAUAGUUGAUGGCAUAAGAAUUGGAGUACAACCAGAUGUUGUCACUUACAACACAUUGAUUGCUGCAUAUUGCCGCUUUGUUGGCAUAGAUGCUGGUUAUUCCGUUCUUCAUAGGAUGAAGGAGGCUGGAAUUAACCCUAAUGUUAUUACAUAUAACUCUUUGAUUGCUGGAGCUACAAGAUAUUGCCUGUUAUCUCCAUGUCUCGAUCUGUUUGAUGAAAUGCUUGAGAUGAGUAUUCUUCCUGAUAUUUGGAGUUACAACACAUUAAUGCAUUGCUUCUUUAAAGUGGGAAAGCCAGAUGAAGCGUACAGGGUUUUUCAAGAUAUUCUUUUAAAAGAUAUUUCUGUUCAUCCUGCAACAUUCAAUAUUCUAAUUAACGGUCUUUGUAUGAAUGGAUAUACGGAGAAUGCCCUAAUGUUAUUUAGGAGCUUAAAGCGUCAUGGAUUUAUCCCUCAGUUAGUAACUUACAACAUUCUUAUUCAUGGGUUGUGCAAGUCAAGACGAGGAAAAGCUGCAAGAGAGUUCCUCACCGAAUUGGUCGAAUGGGGUCAUAUCCCGAAUGCCAUCACUUAUACGACAAUAAUGAAAUGUUGCUUCAGAUGUAAACAAUUUGAAGAAGGCCUUAAAAUUUUUGUGGAGAUGAGAAGGAAAGGAUAUACGUAUGAUGCCUUUGCUUACUGUACAGUCGCAAGUAUGUUACUUAAAACUGGGAGGAUAACUGAGGCCCGCGAGUACCUGGGCUAUAUUAUUACAAGUGGCUUUAGCCUUGAUACUGUGUCUUUUAAUACCAUUGUUAAUCUAUAUUGUAAGGAAGGUCAGCUGGAUAAUGCUUAUAGGUUGUUAUACGAGGCAGAAAAAGAAGGUUUGGAAUCUGACAAGUACACCCAUGCUAUCUUGAUUGAUGGCUUGUGCAGGACUGGCAAUUUCAAAGAGGCCCUGCAACAUUUGAACGGUAUGAGUAUGAUGGGUUUUGAUUCUAACUUGGUCGCAUGGAAUUCUUUUAUCAAUGGGUUGUGUAAAGCUGGUCACUUUGAUCAUGCUUUGCAGAUGUUUGAGUCAAUGGAUGUGAAAGAUUCUGUUACUUACUCUACCAUAGUGCACGGUCUUUGCAAAGCUGGGAGGUUUCGUGCUGCAUCUAAGUUACUACUAUCGUGUAUUAGAGGUGGCAUGAGAAUUCUUAAAUCAGACAAACGAUUUGUUGUUGAUGGUCUUCGUAGUUCUGGACUUUCGCAGGAAGCAAGGAAGGUCCAGUCUAAAAUUCGAUUGGCUAAGAUACUGCAUUAUUAAUAAGGAAUGGUGAUCAACUCUGUCACUGAAGUUUUAACUUUAUUUGAUUGGCUAAGGUUCUGCAUUAUAAUGAUUUGUGGAAGCUGAAAAACCUUAGAAUUUAAAGUGGCUUUAAAGUUUAAACAUCUGCAUCUUGUGCUGGCAAGAGCCAAGAAUUCAUCUUCCAAAUUGGAAUUUCCCAUAUCUCCCGCCAAAGCUUGUGAAUUUGUGAUUCGAAAUUGUCAGUAUGGGAAGCUGAACUGAAAAACACCUCCAUUCUAUUCCCUCAAAUUUUUCUACGUUGGCUUUAGUACCGCAGGUUUUGUUCCUAAAUUCAACUUGAGAUGUUGUUCUAUUUUCUCCGUCCAAUUUCACUAAUAAACCCUUAUACUAAGUUAGGGUUAUCAAGACUACUUUUUUUCUUUUCAGUUUUACUGUUUUUUUUCUAAUUUUUUGAAAUUUGGUUUCAGAUAGAGACGCUCUAUGUGAAGCUCUACAGCAAAUAUACGAAGAUCAAGGUUUUUGGGUUUUUCCUUAACCAUUUCUGUUUAUUUUUAUUGCUGCUGAGUGAAAAAAGUUAGUGUCUUUCCUGUUUACUAUUAUUGAUUUGCGAGACCUUAAAAUUUCAGUUGAUGAAUCUUUAGUUCAUGGUCUAAAACAUUGCUUGUUCUAGUUCUACAGAUUGCAUGGCCAUGUUGAUAGGUGGUCUAUCCAUGUUUAGAGGGUUCUUUCUAAUCUCAUCCUAUUGCAUGAGUAGAUACUAGAGGCAUUUGAUUCAAUGGAUACACCUAAUAAAACACAUUAUGCAAUUACUUGCUGUUAGUUUACAGCAUGUAUAUAGUGUAGUAUUGUCCCACAUUGGUAGAAGAGUA